AUGAAUAGGACACUUUUAGAGAGAGUUAGGUGUAUGUUAACUAGUUCAGGUCUUCCAAAACCUUUUUGGGGAGAAGCUGUCAAAACUGCCUCAUACCUUAUAAACAAAUGUCCUACAAAAUCCCUGAACUAUGACACACCUGACCAGAUUUGGAAUGGAAAAGAGACUGCUCCAACUGAAACUGAUCAAAAUAUAAGCACUAUUCAAACAGAACUUUCUCCAACUGAUUUCAAUACUGGAAAUGAAGAUCAGUUUGAGGUCGAGCAUGAAACUGAACAAGAGACCAUUGAACCUAACCUUGAAACUGAACCUGAUCAUCACAUAAACCCUUUAGAAGACUAUUAUUUGGCUAGAGAUAAAACCAGAAGGGAAAUAAGACCACUUGCUAAGUACAGUGAACCUGAUUUUAUAACUGCCCUUAACAUUCAUGGUCUCUUUGAAACUGGAAUUCAAUUUAAAGGUUUUGUUGAUUCUGACCUUGCUGGUAAUUGUGACAAUAGAAAAUCUACUUCUGCCUAUGUUUUUACUGUUAAUAACACCCGUAUAAGCUGGAAAUCACAGCUGCAAAAAAUUAUAGCUCUUUCUGCCAUAGAGGCUGAGUACAUUGCAGCCUCAGAUGCAGUAAAGGAAGGUAUUUGGUUGAAAAAUUUAUUGGAUGAAAUUGGCUUCUCUGGUAAUGAUGCUACUGUUUACUCUGAUAGUCAAUCUGCAAUAUACAUUACCAGAAAUCCAGUUUUUCACGAUAGAACAAAAUAUAUAGAUGUUAAAUUCCAUUUCAUAAGAGAGAUUAUAGAAAAGGAAAUUAUCAAAAUUGAGAAGAUUUCUACUAAGUGUAAUCCAGCAGAUAUGGGAACUAAAAUACUUCCUUUAUAUAAAUUUAGGGAUUGUUUAAAUCUUCUAAAUAUCAUUACUGAUUAA